UUCGUACCAGAGUAGUCGAGCCAGUCGAGAUUGAAUAUCCAUCAGUUUUUGACGAUUCCGUCAUAGCCACAGUACUAAAAAAAACUUCUACAAAAAGAGUGAUGAAAAGUGAUGAAAAUAAUAUGGCGAGCCUUGGGGGAGAGGAUUUAUUAAAUACAAGAACGAAUUCGGCCGAUAAUGAAUCAACCACAAAACAGGACGAUAUCAGAAAACAAUUAUCAACAAUUCACUGGUUCGCACAAGUCGGCGAUGAAUCGAUUAACGACGAAGCGAAAGAACGGGAGGACAGACUUCGCAUCGUUAAAGACAGACAAAAUGAAGAACGUCAACGGAAACUAGAAGAGCUAAAGAAUCAAGCAAUAGCAGCUCAAAAGUAUCGUGAACAGAAGGAAGACGAACGAAAACGCCGAAUGGAAGAGUUACGACACAAGGAAUUGGAUCGAAAGCAACAGGUUGACGAACGGAAGAAGGCAAUAAUGGACGCUGAGCGAGAGAGACGUGAAUACAUUCUUCGUAAAAAUCAGGAAAGAGACAUGCGUCUGGAAACCAAGAAGCGCCACGAACGUGGUUCGAUUGCAUUCGCAUUCGGCUCAUCAACACCACGGCUGCUAGAACCUCUCGAUUCCGGAACAGUAUCCCCGAGUCAAUAUUGGGGACAUCGCAGAUCCACUUCCAUUUCGAAUGUUACAUUUAGCGGUGCACCGCUGUCUCGACGAAGUUCAGAACGGGAACUGAGUGAUGGUCCCAAGAAACGAGCCACAUCGGCUGGCGGCUUAGAUCGUCAAGUUGAUGGCCAACAACAACAAAUGUCCACAUCAAUGUACGGUAUAUUCAACUGGGGUCAGACGAAUAAUUCCCGACUCGAAACGCGCCCGAAGCGAUUUUCUCUCGCUUUAGCCGGAUCGGAAAUAAAUAUCGACGAUCCACCGAAUGACGGCGAUAGGAAAAUGUGUAAAAAGGAUGACUCGACGGAUUCGUCACCAUUGUCCUAUCGAAGUGUACACAGACGAAAGACCGAUCUAAUGCCUACCGUUCCGAGUCCAAGAGAUCCAAGUUUUGGUUCAAAAUCGUCCCUUUACCACACCCCACGAACACCAGGACGUGCUGUGUCAAUGACUCGUCUGGACCAGUUAGCUCAGCCGACCCGACGUAAUGGUGAACACAUUCGUGCUGUUAUCGAACGUCAACGACAAAGCGAAUCGAAUUCGAUGACCAAUUCGGUUACGUCCAUUACAUUUUCACAAUCUAACAAGAACAACACGCAUAGCAUGUCGCGCAGUUUGACACACUUAGCUGGCAAUAAUAAUAGCACGACCGGCGGUGCAAAGAGAGCUAGCAGUCGACCGUUGCGUAAAACGAAUACAUCGAACAGUAUGUCUCAGCUUCAUGUUAUUAAAUCGCACCCAACCAGAAAUGCUAAAUUUGAUAAGACACAACAAAUGAAUGAUGCUGGCGCCAAUGUUUCGGCAGCAGGUUCUCGAUCGGGUGAUGCAACUCCUGGCAGUGCAUCACGUCCAGGCAGUGCUAUGUCAACGUCAACGACUGCAUCGGGUGUCAUUUAUCGACGUUCGGUCAAUUCAGCUCGCAAACCGAGACCAGCCAGUAUCGCUAGUACUGGCAUGACAGCCAGUUGUAUAGCUGACAUCUCCGUUGAAUCCGAUGUUAGCAAACAUAAGAAAGACAGACCACCAUUACCGAAAGUGUUGAGUACACCAAGACGAUCGACAGCCGCAACGCCGCCAUCGUCAUCAUCAAUGACAGCAUCAUCGAGUACAUCGACAACAGCUCGAUCGACAGAUACGUCGAAACGAAACGAAAAGCGAAUACCCCCUUCCAGUAAGAAGGCCUCGACUCCAAGAGCUACAACUCCCGUACAAUCCAGUAAACCAUUGGAGGUAGCAGCAAAUGUUACCACCGAAUCGGUGCCGAUUGUACAAACAACAGAAAUUCCAACAAAAAAGAUUCAGAACGAAGCAAUUUCGAUUAUCGGUAGUGAUACGUCAACGGCACAGCCAGUUGUCGUUGCCCAAAUCACCGAACAGACAAUUGAAUCAGAAAUGGUUCCAGCCAUGGACCAACUAACCCUAGAAACUACAAAUAAUGAUCUGAGCGCUGCAAAUAGCCAAGAGCGUGUAAAUACAAAUGAGAUUUUAUUACCACAACAGCAAGAAAAUGAAAUGACAGCCUCAAUGAUGAAGCGUAUCGUCACGGAAGAAGAAGCAAAGGCUGCACUAGCCGAACGGCGUCGUCUUGCCCGCGAAGAAGCCGAAAAGCUUGCAGAAUUAGAGCGCCAGCGGAAGGAAGCCGAAGAAUUGGCCGAACAACAGCGCAUCGCCGAAGAAGAGGAGAACCAAAGACGACUAGAAGAGGAAACAUUACGAUUGGUGGAAGAGCAGAAAAAGGCCGAGGAAUUGCGUCUGUUGCAAGCUAUUGAGGAAGCAAAACUGAAGGAAGAAGAAGAACGAAAACGGAAAGAGUUGGAGGAACAUGCUCGAAUCGAACGAGAAGAACUCGAACGGAAAGCUCGUGAGGAGGCAGAAAAGCUGAAGAUUGAGACGGCCGAAAAGCUGCGAAAAGAGGAAAAGGAACGAGAAGAGCGUCGUAAGCGCGUCGAAGCAAUUAUGUCGAGAACGCGAAAGGGCGGCAACGCGACAAACACUCCAAAUAAGGACGGCAGCAACAAUGCUGAUCAAACGAGUCCAUCGAAUAGUGAUUUAGUUAAGACUGGCACCGAUGAACACAAUUUUACCAACCAGAACAAUGUGAACAUGGCCACGUAUGAGAUGUCGGUUACGAACAAAGAGAACGCUUUGAUGAACAGCUUUAGUAAUUUAAUUGAACAUCAGCCGCCACAUCCAACGCUAAACAUUCAAGAGUUUAAUGCGCAGAAUGCUAAGACAAAUGGCAAGUCAGAGGUGGACGCGACGAACGAUGACAAUUUAAUUAUUAAAAGUGCAAUAUCCAACGGAAACGGUCACACCGACCACAGUUUAGAUAAUGAAUUAGAUUCAAAGAAAUUUAGUGCUGUUGAUAAUAAGACGCAAGAGAUGAUCACCGGGCAGCUGAUAGACAUCAAUAUGGAUUUUAAUGAGAGUUCCACUCCGGUUAAUUUCAACAAUAACAGUUUGCUGACAUCGACCAACCUAGUCACAUCGGAUAGUCCUGAAAGUAAAGAUCUUUCGCUGUUGUGAGAAUUUUUACAUGUAAAGUGUGUGCAGUAAGAUCAAAAAUGUUUCUUUUUUUGUAAACAAUUUAAACAGAUAAAAGAAAACCGAUUGGUAUCCGAAUCCCAGGUUACUUGAAAUUUUGUUAUGUUUAUGGUAUAAUCAUGUUUGUGGAUUAGUUAGAAUUUAGUAAGCUACAAGAAAGUAAUUUCAAAAAAAAAAAUGAAUUUUCUGUAAAUUUAAGAAGAAGAAAACAAAACUCAUCCGAAGGGAAUAUCAUUUUGUCAUAACAAUUUCGAUGAAGAAGAAGAAGAAGAAAAUCACAAAAUUUAGUCAUUCAUCCCAUUUCGAAAUGUGAAUGAGAAGAACGAAAGUUGACGAUAUAUUUCCGAUCACGAAUCUGGAUCGAAUGCAGUGUGUUGAAUUUUCUUUUUCUUCGUUUCCUUUAUUUUUUUAAUCGAAUUUUUUCGUUCUCUUUUUGCUAAUUUUUUCUUUUUGUAAUUUGAUUUAUAUAAAUGUUCAUCAUCAACACACCGGAUUCGUCUCCUAUCAUUUAUAUAUGUUUUUGUAAUUAAAACGCAUAACUUAAUAUUUAGGUCCAUCAUUUUAUUGUAAUAAAAUUCAAAAGAAUGAAUUCCGCACAUGAGAAAAAAAACAAUUCAAAUUUUUGUCGUAAAACUUUACCGAGUUGAGAGAGAGAGAAAAAAAAACGAAGAGAAAAUGUUAGACUGAGAGCUGAUGUACACGUCACAAUACCUACGACGAAAACUGUUCGAUCAGUUUCGUUUUUGAUUCGCGACUAGGAGCCUGAUGUAACAUACAUACGUCGGAAGAGUACAUUAACAUGCAUCAUUGACGCAUGUUUUGCAUGAACUACGUUUAUAUCCUACGCGUGGAACGUUGUGGGCUCAGUGAAUGGAAGAACUUGUUGAUCGACUUUUGUUACGUAAUUUCAUACAUAAAUGUGUCUGUAUGAGUGGCUCUGACAUGCACAUUGGCUCCCGGCCCAUGUUGUCGAAGUGUUGUAACUUAUUUUCUAAUUUAAACAAAAAUUCUAAUUUCUCGUUAAGUUUAGUGUUAAAGAAAUUUAAGAUUUAGAAAAAUCAAAAAAUUCAAUGAAAUUGAAUCGUAAAAUCGCACCCACAACAUAAAACGAAUAACAAAUGAAGUGUGCACAGGGAAUACUUAGUAUUUCUGCCAGAUAAGAAAAAAAUCGGAUUUUAAUAAAAUUGUGAUUGAGAAAAUUCAUUUCGAUAUUUCUUUGACGGACAAUGACGUUAGGACAUGUGAUGGUAGCUAAAAACGCCUGCAGAUAUGCUAAACGGAUGUUAGGAGAAAAAACAUUUCCGAAUCUUGAUUUUCCUCUGAUAACUUCGUUUCAAAUAAAUUUCAACUCCAGAGUUGCUACCUGUGACGGUCCUCAUAAAUAAUUGCAAUGUUGCAGAAUUGGUAGAUGAUUCGCUAGUGUUUGACUGGAUGGCUCAGUGGUCACGUAUACUAGCCUUCCACCAAAAUGAUCGGAGUUCGAUUCCAGUGUCAGAAAAUUCUACGUGGACCUUUUCUAGCGAUUUUAUCGCUUUUUAGUGACUGCAGCGAUGUACAGACUGAAUCAAUCGUAUGACGAAACCCAAAUACAUUGUGCACAUAUGUACAGCCUACAUUUAGGCAAGAUAUUAAUUAGCGCCUAAAUUUCAUUCGGAGAGUGUUUACGGACUUUGAGGCUUGAUUCGGAAGUCAUGUUAAGCCGGCGGUCCAGACUGCUCUUGCUAUUGGCCUUAAAAGGUUGUUAGCGAGGUUUCUGAACAAAUCAAAUCAAAUCUUUUGCCUGAACAUCUUCAAUAUUGCGUGGUGUACGGAAACCAAUCGCAGACUCCGAUUCGCAUCGAGAAAAUGUUCCGAAAGUGAAGGAAACAUUUUUCGAGAACUUAUUUCAAACCUUCUGUUGCGCGUCUUUUUCCUAGCUCCAUUAUGAAGCGAUGCUCUAAGAGUUCCACAUAUCUGUCCGUAAAGUGUUUCCUACCGCUACGUUAUUUAUGUCUGCCCUUUCUAAUCUGGCACUGCCUCGUAUCCUUCGUUACUGGUGAUUUGAAUUCGGAAAUAACUGUCAAAUGAAAUGAAUUUUGCAUUUUUGUUUGUGCGAGAGUAGAAAUCAACAGAAGAAAAAUGACGUCACCAAAAGUGUGGUGCUGGAUUGCUAAGACGAAGAAUGGAAAAUUGAGCUUCAAUGACUGAGUCUUAUAGAUCAUUCACAAAUUUAAACUUUUUUUUUUCCGUUAAACUGAAAAUGCAUUUCUUUUUCGAUAAGACUUCAGAUUGUGCGUUUAUUGUUGCGUGGUAUCUUUUUUUAUGUCCUUGCCGAGCUUAUAGUAGAGAACCGGCCAUCUGUAUAUAGCCUUUGUAUUACCUCAGUUUUGUGUAUGUAACGUCAAUCACAAUUUAAGAAGAAAUGAAACGAAAAAAAGUUGCUAACAAAACCAAAACUGUGACGGAAAGAAG